AUGGGAUCAAGCGCUGCCACCGUUUCACUCUGCCCUCCAUCAAAGAUGCUGAAAGAUGAAAACAAGUUUCAGACUUACGACUUCAACUUGCUGCAAAAGGAAGCACACAUACCCGAAGAGUUUAUUUGGCCAUCAGGGGACUUAAUCAAAACCACUGAAGAAGAGUUCGAUGUUCCCCUCAUUGACUUAGCUGCCAUCAUCAAUGGUGAUGAUGAUGAGGAUGGUAUUGCUACUGCUGCUGAGAUUCUGAGGAAGGCAUGUGAGAAGCAUGGCUUCUUCCAAGUCAUCAACCAUGGUGUGGACCCACAUCUCAUCUCUUCUGCUCAUCAAGAAUUUGACUCCAUUUUCAAGCUUCCCUUGGACAAGAAGCUCAGUACUCUGAAGAAUGCCACAGGCUACUCAGUUGCUCAUGCAGGACGGUUUUCUGCCAGUUUGCCAUGGAAAGAGACAUUUACUUUCCGAUACAAACACAAGAACGAUUCUGAUUCACAAGUUGUUGAUUACUUCAAGUCUGUCUUAGGAGAAGACCUUCAACACACCGGGUUGGUGUAUCAAAAGUACUGCGAAGCAAUGAAGGAAGUAUUUCUGGCAAUUGCGGAGCUAUUGGCUAUUAGCUUGGGUGCUGAUCGUUCGCAUUUUCAGAAAUUUUUCGAAGAUGCAGAGUCAAUAAUGCGGUGCAACUCUUACCCUGCUUGCAACAGUCCUAGCCUCACAUUUGGCACUGGCCCUCAUUGUGACCCAACCUCAAUAACCAUUCUUCAUGAAGACCAAGUUGGAGGUCUAGAAGUUCUUGUUGAUAACAAAUGGCUCGCUGUUCGCCCUCGACCUGAUUCCUUCGUCAUAAACAUAGGUGACACUUUCAAGGUGUUGUCUAAUGGGAGAUACCAGAGUUGCCUGCACAGGGUAUUGGUGAAUAGAGAAGUGGAGAGGAGAUCUCUGGCUUUCUUUGUGACCCCAAGAGGAGACAAAACAGUGAGACCACCAGACAAUCUAAUUGGCAAAGAAGAACCGAGGAAAUAUCCUGAUUUUACAUGGUCAGAAUUCUUUGAAUUUACUCAAAAGCAUCACAGGUCUGAUGCUGCUACUCUUCAAGAUUUCAUCAAGUGGCUUGGCGCUUCCAAGCCAUCCAACUUUGAAUGA